UCCGCUUGAAGUCGGUCUUCUCUUAAGUCGGUGUUUUAAAGUAAACUAUGGCCUUUCGGAUCGAUAGUUGGGCAUAGUUUCUUAAAGUUCUUUGUCAAAGCAUAAUAACCUAGCCGCUAAAAGCACCUACAAUAGCUGUGAUUACACCUUUUGUUUUGGAUAUCCGCUGCUUUGUUGUAAACCUUGUUACUUUAAUUAGCAAUUACUGAAGCAGCGGUAUAUUUUAUCUGUGCACUAGCCGAAAUCAAAGGUUUCGUCACAGCCUGAGGCAUCACUUCCAGUUGAUCACAGAACAAGCAGAAUUAAGCUUAGAUUCUGUAAAACACUACGACGAAUCUUCGUCAUAACUAACACCAAAAAUUUAGAUAAGACUAAUGCUUAUUCUUGAACUCCUGAAUUAUGACGGGUAUAUGUAGACCUGAAAAACUUUGGUCCAUUAAGCUUGACACAAACAAAGCUUUUCUUUAUAAAGGGGGGAAGAAAGUCGAUGGAGUACUCCACAUAGUGUCWGCUAAUACCAAGAAUGUUGUUAUAAGAUCACAACAUAGAAAUUAUGUAGAGCUUGAAUUUGUUUGUGAUARAGAGAGGGAUGUUCAGUUCAUWACUGCAAACCCAGACCAUUACAACAAGUUUGCAUCUGAUGGGGACUUCAGAAAAAUAGACACAAAAGAUGCCAAGGAGUUGGUUAAAUGCAUUAAAAAUGCAUUAACAAAACUUGAGGAACAAGAAGUUGUAAACCAGCCUGAAAGACGAAUUGAACCUCAAGGAAAAAGAUCUUCCGUGUCUCCACUGUAUUCAAAUAAGGCAAAAAGGAAAAAGAAUGAAUCUUCUGAUACAAACCAGUACGUGAAAAAAAUUGAAGAUAGAUGCAAUGAAUGCAGACUAGAUGAUACAACACACUUCAUCUCGAUUGAAAAAAUCUUCAUUCCUCCCAAAGAAAGAAAGAUCAGGGAAGUUGAUGAAGUAUUUCUUGCCUCCCUUGUAAAAAAUCUUAAAGAUCAACCAGCUGGCAAUUAUGAGCCAUUGUUUGUUUUACUGAAGGGUGUCACUAGAAAAGACCAAUUUAAACUGGACCAGAUUGAUACCUAUGAGUAUGAGGUUCUUGGUGGAACACACCUUACUUUAGCAACAAAGAAACUGCAUCAGGACUUCCCUACAAACAGAAAUUAUUUUGGACGGGAUGCCCGCAUCUAUGUUGGACUAAAAGAUGAAGAAGCAUUGUGGCUUGGUGCAAUGCACAACAACACAGGUGCAUUCCGGCAUAGCCUCACCUACAAAGAUGAGGUUGAAAUCUGCAGAACUCAACUUUUUCUGGCAGCCCCGGAAAACUUGGAAGAACCACCAAAACCYAGUGAUGGUUGGAGAGACAUGUGCUCCAGUCUUUUGAAUAAACCUAAGAGAAACCUCAGUGAAAUUUUCACAAUGGCCCAGAUUAGUCAAGUAAGUUGGGGACAUUUUUUGGCUGUCAGCAAUCAAUAUGAAAAAGGGGACCUUAAGGAUCAAAAAGUCAAGUCAUCAGAUGUACUAAAGGGGCGAACAUUUCUGAAGCAAUGGCAGUUCAAAGAAUUAUGCAGUCUUGAUGAUGACGACAGAGCAAUUCUUUUAGAGAAGGUUGCCAAUCUUGAAAUGAGCUUAGAUGAAAUGAAACAAGCAGGAAAAGAGAUMAAGAUAGUUAAGCCAGUGCAAUUGGCAAUUSUUGAUUUUUUUAAGCUUAAAACAUGGGAGGAAGCUACAACAAAGUUUGGAAAUGCUGUUACAGUAGAAAAAUUGUUGCGCUAUGCUGGGAAAGCAUUUGAAACAUCCCAUCCUUUUCAAAAGUUUUUAACAAACCUUAAAAAGAUAGCCUCAAGCUCAGCUGCAAGCUCUGUUCAGCCACAAUAUGAAUUGUUUGAAGGUCAGCUCAAAACACAAGGGAUAAUUAUCCCAAUUACAAGCUUUGAUGAUGUACAGCAGGAGGCUGCUUCCAAACUGCCCAAUUAUGAAGGUGCUUUCCUAGUUAUAGGAAAUGUCAGCACUGAUAAAGAGAGUGCUAGAGAUAUUGUGAAAGCUGUUUCUAGGCUCAAUUUUACCAAGCAGACUUCAUUUAAUGUUGUGCUGUUUUCAAAUAUCAAAGACAUCAAUAGUAUAGAGUCUAUACUGGAAGAGGAAGGGUCAUUUAAGACACAGACUGGUCAUUUUUUUAUGAAGAGUAAGAGAGGGAGUACUUCUUGUAAAGGAUCUAUUUUACAAGACAAUCUAGUAACAUUCAUCAUUGGGCAUUGGUCAGUGUCACGACAGCUAACUGACCAGCACAUUUCUUGUGUUUCUGGGAAUGUUAUUGAAAUUCAUGGAGAGAGGGAAUUAUCAUUGGAGGCAUAUGGCUGGUUGAUAUCCCACCUCUCAAAGGAAGGGGACACUGUAAUUGACCUAGACAGCUGUAAUGCUUACACCUUUGUAUCAGCCUUAAAUAGUGGCCGAAAUUCCAUUUUCAUGACCUCCCAAGACAUAAGUUUAGAAGACAUUGCAAAAUUGUUGAAGUCUGAGGAUUCAAAUGACAAUUAGAAUUUAUUUUUUCAACUAUUGAAAAGUUAGAUUAUAACCUUUAAAAGUUAUUAAUGUUAAUGUUCUUGUUCUUACUUGUAUCUUUAGACGCAGGAAUUCUGCGCCUAUACUUGCAUCUUUAGGUGCAGGAAUUCUGCGCCUACUUGCAUCUUUAGGUGCAGGAAUUCUGCGCCUACUUGCAUCUUUAGGUGCAGGAAUUCUGCGACUGCUUGCAUUUUUAGGUGCAGGAAUUCUGCGACUGCCUAUAUCUUGAGACACAGGAAUUCUGUGCCUACUUGCAUCUUGAGACGCAAGAUUCUGCGACUGCUAUAUAUAAAAGUCUAUGACUUUUAUAUAUAUGUUAUGUUAUCUUCAUCAAUUCCAUCAGAAAUGGUUAAUUGGAAUCACACUAAAUUGGAUUGCAGCUGACAUCAAAUAUUUCCAAUGGCAAUAUAGGGCAUGCAACAAACAUUGAGUGGAUAUAUAUACUUUUUAUGGGUAUAUAGCACAGAAUGGUGAUWAAGAUGUCAAACAUAUAUUAGAUCUGUAAUAAAUGAAUGAUUUUCAAACUUA